GUGGGUUCAGAUAAAUAACUAAAUGUUCUGCCACUCCAACCUCCCCUCAAGCUAUUUCAGCUAUUUCACCCGCAGACACGGGAUCAAUCUAGAUAGUCCGCGAGAAAAGGGACACACGAUGGCUAUGGCUUCGCAAAUUAAUGAUCGCGUCGUAUGGCUAUGUUUAGGCGUCACUCUAUUUUUUGCUGUGCGCGGAAUCGCCGCUGAGCUACAUCGCAUACGGGAGCUCACUACAAUCAGAAACGGAGACAAGGAUGAUCAGGUAAUUGGUGAGGGGACGGAAGAUGCUCUCAAACUAGAAACUCUACAAAAGCUAUCAGAAAGCACGAGCUUCGAUCUUCGAGCAGCGGCAUUGCGGAUCAUCUCCGAAAGAUCAACGAAAGGAUCUACGCGAGAUCUACUUCUUGAAGACCUGUCAAGCAAGGAUCCGGCUCUCCGAAACAAGGCUUUGAAUGCUCUCUAUUUCCUAGUCUCUAAUCGAGCAUUGUCCCGUUCUGCCGUUACCAACCGACUAAAAGACCUCCCUACCUACACUGCCCUCGUCGACUGCCUCUGCAACGUUCUCGCCGAACACAAAGAAGAAAACAUUAAAACAGUCUCACCCAUCCUUCCCAGAACCCGACCGCAAGGCGAAAAGAAGGCUCUAACCACUCUCGACAUAAUUCUCAGAGAAAACAUCCCUGCUGCACUGGAGGCCGGCGUGAUCAGUCGGUGGCUUUCUAAAUACCCGUUCCCUUGCAGCACGCAUGAUGAAUCCAAACGAGUAGACGUGGUUGUUUUAACCAAAACUUGGUAUACAGAUGACUCCGUCAUGAGCUCCAUCAUCAGCACCCUCUCCUCCCACCCGGAGGGAGUCAGCCAAUUACGGAAAUAUGGGCUGAUGGGAAGUAGAAUGGAGGAGCACACUCGCAAUAUAUAUGACAAUGAAAUUGGGGGAGACUAUAACGGCGACGGAGACGACGAUGAUGAAACUGACGGUGAUAGCGAUGUCUGGAUGGUUGGCGGGGAGGAAACUGCAGGUUUACCACUGUGGGCUGGCGGAAGGAGACGGCAGGAAGGCACUGCGGAAGAGCAAGCACUGCGUCGACGGCGGAGGGAAGCCAUGGUUUUCAGCGAGGGUGGACGACCCCUGGGGAGAGAUAAUAUUAUCCAUCCUGUUCGGAACAGGGAGGAUGAGGAGCUGGAUGCGGAGCUAGCACAGUUGGCAGAUGAAGUUGACCGGGAGCUCCGUGAAGAAGAGUUAGAAGUUGAGAGACAGGAGCGGCCACGGCGCUCAUGGUCUAUGUGGCCAUUUUCGUGAAACAGGAUCGCGCUAUGUUACGGGUACAAAAGGCGAAAAGGGAUUUUAUGUUGACCGGCGUUUUUGGAGAAUUGGUGUACAAAUACUCUAUUAUUUUUUAGUUAUGGUGCUGCUGUAAUAAUGGGACAGAGCUGUUAUGGCACUGGACGAGAACUAUGAUACCCCUAUAUCUUUCCUUUUCGUUCCGAAAAGUAGUUAUCUAUUGACACCCAUGGUUUCUUAUGGAUGCAUUGUGUACAUCGUCGCUAGACACCUAUAAUAUUACAAACCCAUCCACGUUGACUUCGCCAAAUGAUCAAUCUUCUUCUUGCUAUGCUUGACCAUUCCCAUCAUUUUCAAUUCUGAUAGAGCGCGGUAGAAUACAGCCAACGUCUGUCGCUCAUCUGGUUCCUCUCCAUCAUCACCGCCCGCCAUUGUAUAAUAGGCACGCCACAGGUCAUAUACAUUGACCAGGGAACCUGUUUCCGAAUAGAGAUUAUAAAGAAUCGAG